CAUGCUGGGACCUUAUCCUGCAGUCAAACGCUUCAUGACCAAGCUGGUUCCUCUGAGCUGGUAUAACUCCCUGCUGCCCCGGUACGGCCUGGUUCUGGAGCUGGGUGCGGACGGCUCGGUUCUGGACAGCCUUCACGACCCCAACGGGAGUCUGACCUGGGCUGUCAGCGACGUCUUCCAGCACGCGGGCCGGACCUACCUGGGGAACACUGACCUGCCAUUCCUACCGGUUCUGGAACACUGGAGCUAACGGAGAACACCUGGGCCGUGUGUGUGUGUGUGCGUGUGUUUGUACUGUAUGUCUUAAAUUAGAAGAG